AUGGUAAAAGUGUGUGGUAGCAACGAAAAGAACGAAUUACGGCGAUGCCCUGAUGUUGAUGGAUCAUGCGGAAAUUUUCACAGCGAAAGGACUAAUGGAGAGAUCGUCGAUGGUGUGGACAUCCGAUGCCCAGCAAAUGCUCCAGUUUAUGCACCGAUUGAGGGCGAGAUGUACUUCUGGAGGCCAUUCGGUGGUGCUGCCGACAGGUCGUGUGCCGAUCAUGGGGCUCGUAUUGAAGGCACAGGGCAGUGGCAAGGCUAUGCUGUCCAUAUAUCAUCAGUGAAAUUGGAUUUUUACGGUGGUAGAGUCAAAGCUGGAGAAGAAAUUGGCAAAGCACUCGACAGGCAAGACUCGCAGACUGAAAUCGAACCUCAUAUAGAAAUGAAACUCUAUCGAGAAGGGAAACUGAUCGAUCCCACCUAUCAUCUUCAGAAUUGUAUGUGCACGGGACAGAUCUGCGAGUCAAACUCAAAGAACAAAUUGCUUGGCGAGCCAUUCAAAUCCGACAAACGAUACAACGGUGUCCGUGGAUGGGACAUUGAAUGUCGAAUGGUUGAAGAUGAAGAUGGUGGUGAAAAACGAGCCCCAUUGAUCUAUUCACCAAUAGCCGGUGAGCUAGUGGGAAGAACCCGGCUGGUUUUUGAUCCAAAUGGUGCCUAUACAGGAUGCGACAACGAUGGCAUGUUUAUAGUGGGCACUGGCGACUGGAUAGGAUUUGAAGUACGCCUGUAUAAUGUUAAAACAAGGGAGGAUAUCGGAUUUGGACGAAAACGAAUUGUUCAAGGAGAACCUAUCGGCACGCGACUUGAAUGCGAUAACAGCCCAGAUAGUGUCUUCCUUGAGGUAAACUUCAUUCUUCUCUAA